AUGGCUACAAGCAAGCCUGCGCCUCCGGGCUGCACGCUAUUCUACAAUGCGACGAUCAUCACGGUGAACCAACGUCGCGAAAUUAUUCACGAAGGAUACAUCCGCGUGGAUAUUGACAGGAUAACGGAAAUCGGGAAAGGGAAAUACCCGAUCGAACUACCAACUCAGACACAGCAGAUUGACUGUCGUGGCAAAAUAAUUAUCCCAGGGCUGAUCAACGCUCAUGCUCACUUAGUACAAUCCUUGCUUCGUGGACUGGCAGAGGAUCUUCCACUACAUAAUUGGCUAUGUGAUGCAAUUUGGCCAUUAGAGGCUGUUUUUGCUGAUGACGAUGGCUAUCAUGCGACACGAUUGACAACGGCAGAGAUGCUGAAGACAGGGACCACUUGCUUCCUUGAUCCCAUGCUGACAUAUCGCGCCGGCUUCGAUCAGGUUUGCACUGCUGUGGGCGAGAUGGGAAUAAGAGGGUGCCUGGGCAAGCUCGUCAAGUUUACUGAAACUAAUCGCCAAUUAUCAAUUUCAGAUCCUCGCGAUCAAGAUCUACUAGCGAUGUCUAUUCCGGAACUUCUGAAUGCUCAUAAGAAACAUCAUCGCAGUCAAGAUAGCAGGAUUCAUGUUUGGGCGGCGGCUGGUACGCCACGGGGCACGUCGAUUGAGAAAUAUCUCGAGCUGGGAGAGACCUGCUCCGACAAUGGCAUCUCAGUGACUAUGCACUGUGCUGAAGCCCCCAAGGAUCGGACAAUAUACCACGAAGCUUAUGGCUGCAGUGCGAUGGAGUUUGUCCGCGAUGCAAAGCUUUGCCCGCAACCCACUACUGCAUCGGAUGAGGGUGACCGAAGAUCUCAUUCUCUCGUUCUGGCUCAUAUGGUGAAUCUAGAUCAAGACCUUGACAUUGCACUGCUUGCAAGCACGCAGACCUCGGUGGCUCAUAACCCAACAUCGAAUCUCAAGUUGGCCUCUGGAGUGGCGCCGAUCCCAUCCAUGCUUUCCCACACAUCACCUGUAAAUGUUGCCCUGGGAACAGACGGCGCGCCAUGCUCCAAUCAUUAUGAUAUGAUACAGGAGAUGCACCUAGCCGGCAUCCUUCACAAAGGGGUAAAUCAUGACGCUGGCUUAAUCCCGGCCGAGGUUGCCCUCGAGAUGGCGACCAUCAAUGGAGCACGAGCACUUGGUCUGGAGGAAGAAAUCGGAAGCCUUGAGACGGGGAAGAAGGCGGAUCUUGUUGUGAUUGAUCCUUAUGGUCGAGGUGGACUUGGCGCAGCACCCUGGAGCAGCGACUUGAUUGAGUGUGGAGUUAGCCCUCUCACCACGGUUGUUCAUGGAUGUACUGGUCGGGAUGUUGAUAUGACCAUGGUGAAUGGAGAGAUAUUGGUGGAAAAUGGAAUUCUCAAGAUGGGAGGCAAGGAUAAAGAGAGGGAGAUUGUCGGCCUUGCACAGCGUGCUGCUAAGAAUAUACUUCGACGAUGCAACGCGGAUCGGGACAACCCAGAUAGAGUUGGCGGGAAACUUCUGCCCUCUUGGAAAUAUGCAUAA